AUGAGAUCUUUGCGGCGAAUUGUGGCAUUCUACACCCUGAGCUUAUUUGCCAAUUGGCUAACAGCUGGAGCCACCGCAGUGCUUAUCACCCAGGCUUUGAGAGGGAAGGUUUUCGGGUCUCCUGAUUCCAAUGACGUUGCGAAGCAGAUAGUAGUUGGAGCAGAUGGCUCCAUGUACGUGGCCGGAGUUUCGACACCAAGCAGGCCUGGCGGGCAGGCCUGGGGAGAUCCUGAAGCAGGUGAUGUCUUGGGUAAUACGGAUAUCUUUUUAGCAAAGUUUACUGCUUCUACCGAACUGGCUUGGGUGAAAAGAACUGGUUCGGCAGGAGAAGACGUCGUAAACGAUCUUGUGAUGGCUGGCGAGGCCCUCUACCUUUGUGGUGCAACGACGGGGAACUUGGCAAUGGAUCCCAGAGGGUCUUCAGAUGCGUUUGUCAUGAAGUUUACCGUAGAUGGGGCUAAAGCUUGGAGACAUCCUUUCCAGUUCGGGUCAAACCGAAAUGAUAGUUGCAAUGCGUUGUCGGUUGACCGAAAUUCCAUGAAGAUUUAUGUGACCGGCUCAACGAUGGGAAUACUAUUUGGUAGCAUUCAACCCCGGAACACGACAACCCAUCACUUUCUAGCAUCAUUUUCCGAAAUCCAAAAUAACGAAACGCUCGGACUUCAGCUCAUCCAAGGGCGACAAACUGCGUCUUCUGGUAAUUCAUCUGGUGAUGCUAUCGCGAUAGGUAACAAUCAUGUGUUGUUAAUGACGACAGAAUGGGAAGACGUUCGUAAGAGAUACCGUACCGUCACUUACCUUCGUGAACUGAGUUUAGAUACUUUACUGGAUCGCAAGCUGCACAUGAUCAAGUCUUUGGAUGAAGGAAGCUUUCGAGCAACAGGUAUGGCUGCGGUCAAUAUGUCUGGAGAUGUUUUCUUCGUUGGCACAACGAACCUAGACACGAACAAAACCGAGUAUCAUGCCUUGAAAUACAGCUUGAAAAAUGACGAUGCUAAGAGCAGCUCUAUGUGGACACAGCGCAUUGGUUCUGUCGCCUCAAAUGUGAAGAUGCCGACGCAGACUCCGUGCAUUGUCGCGGACGAGGCCAACGACGUUGUGUACGUGGCCGGAGUGGAGGAUGGAUAUUUACCAAAUGAGAACUCUAGCGUCGUCAUAUCUCCACUAAUCAUGCUACGCAUGGACAAUGGGGAGGUGGCCCAGCGAUGGCAUCGGAGCACGACUAUUGCUUUCGAUAAAGAGGAAAUCACAGACAUCGCUUUUGAUCUGGAAAAGGGUGCAGUUUACACAGGAACAUGGGACGGGGGUGUUGAACUACUCUCAAAUGCUCUAGUAGGUUCAUUUGGAUCCCGCGCACUAAACUUAAGCCUGCCAAGUGCACCACCCGCUCGCAAUCCGAAUGUGACAGUAACGAGCAUUGAGGCGAAAGAGGAGGCCAAGCGAAGUAGGACCAUUGGAUACAUCCUUCUCGGUCUGGCAAGCACAGGAAUCGCGGUUACGGGGAUGAUUGCCUAUGGGUUAAGGGCUGCGAGGGGAAAGGGAAAUGGCAGUGACGACCAUUUGCCAGAUGCAGCGAACAAGAUGGAAGAAAUGCGGCGACAAGUCCUAGAAGCACAUCUGCAAGCUGGCGGUGAUCACUCUGCGGUCGCGGAAGUCACCAUCGGUGGGAGUGCUGCCCCUCGCUGAAUUCUGCACGCUGCAGCAAGGUAUCAAAACCAGUGAAGAUGUAGUUGGAUUAAUCUUCGUCGGUGGGGAGAACGCAUCGCAACGAGUAAGUAUGGUGUAUUGUUAUUCACCCGUACAAAGAAUUCUAUACACUCAACUACAGAGAAACAUUCCACUUCUCUACCGUAGGCCAAUCUGCCGAUACUUAGUGGAUUCGCUGCACAA